ACGACACACUUCGAGACGUUGCCGCUGUUGACCAUGCAUACAUUUUUGUUAACUUUGUUGAUGAUCGCGUCCACGAUCGAGAUUCAAGCGCGCGAAGCAAUAAAGCCAACGGCAGAAGUGGGUCAAAUUAUCAAAGAUCUUGAGGAAGUCCAUUUGGAAGAGACAAUUCAGCGGGGGGGCCCGUGCACACUAGACAUUCAAAAUGAUUUGCCAAGCUCGAAUCUGCAGCCGCUCUACCUGCAUCCUGGCACGGACACCUACUGGCUGCCCAAUGACGUGGGGCAGCUGCAAAUACCGCGUGGCGCCAGCAUCGAGCUCUAUUGUAGUCGCUCAUUUGCGAUUGUCCACAGCGAUGAGAAUGUUUCGUCUACUCCCAGUGCCACGUCUACUCCCAGCUCCAUAUAUGCGCGCUGCCUACAUGACACAACCUUUGAUUGGGCGGGUACAAAAUACGAGCUGAGAGAUUUUUCCUGCACCUAUCCACUAUCCUACGUUGUGGAGCGUAUGGAACAGCCGUGCGGGGAUGGUGAUUACGCUUCACCGGCUCGCAUUUACCGUGUGGGCUAUAACAUCAGCGCUGGUCGAUUUGUGCGCACCAUGGAGUUAUGCCACGAUGCGGACCAGCUGCGAACACACUACGCGGCCUACCAGUUGCUGCCAGCCAACGAGCACUUUCAGCGACAAGUGAAACGCGUUAAAUUCAGCGCUGCCGGCCAAUUUUUUGGUUACGACAUGGACCGUCUCUACUCACAGGCACACCAGCAGCAACGGGUGGCCCAACUAUGGCAGCAUCCCGAUGACGACGCCAGCAGAGACAGUUUUCUAAAGUCGGGACUCUACCUGGCACGCGGACACCUGGCGGCCAAGGCAGAUCUGAUUUAUGCCAGCCAGCAGCGCACCAGCUUUAACUACCUAAAUGCGGCUCCUCAGUGGCAGAGCUUCAAUGGUGGCCAUUGGGCAACUGUGGAGGACACAACGCGUGGCCUUGUGGCUCGCUUAGGUCUCUCCGUAAAUGUCUAUACGGGCACCUAUGGCGUAAUGCCGCUCCCAAACGUGGCUCAAACUAGCUUCCACCUAGCCACAGAUGUCAAGUCUAACGGCGUUCUGGCUGUACCACUUCUCUACUACCGCUUGCUUAUCGACCAAAAAUAUCCAAGUCGGGGCUUGGCGCUCGUAGGUGUCAACAAUCCAAGCGCCACACUCAGCCAGAUCCUGGAAUCAUAUAUGAUUUGUAACCCUGUAGAACUGGAACUUGUGCCUUCGUUCCUCCGCUGGCUGCAGGCUGAAGAUCUCAAAAAAGGUUAUCUAUACGCGUGCCGUGUUUCAGAUUUGGCCAAUGUCGUGGGACAUCUGCCGCCUGAGUUGGCGGAAGUAAACGAGCUGCUUGUGGAGUCGAUCUAGGUGCAUUAAGCUCUUAUUGUCAAAUAUUAAAACAACAUUUAUUUAUUUAUUAGGAAAUGAUUAGCGUACAUUGAACAAUUUUUAAAUUGUAAUAUAUGCUUACAAGGCCAACCUCUCACAAUAUAAUUUGUUAUUUUCAUAAAGUUUAUGUUCUCCUACUCUAAACUCAAGAAUAUUUCCAAGAAUGGUGGGUAGCUUAAGAAAAACAACAACUUUUUUAGUUGAUUUGUUUCCGUUAAUUUCUUUCAACAAAUAAAUUGAAAAAAAAAAAGAAAAAAUAAAUAAAACAAAACAUAAUAUAAUGGAUUAUCAGUGGAUUCUUAAGUCAACACAGAUUACUUACGCACAUAUUGUUUACCGCCAGCUCACAUAAAAAUAUAAUUUUCUUCCCCCCCGAGCACGGACGCUACCUUGCCGGAUGAACGCAAGAGCAAGGAAUUUUAAAUGUGCGGAAAGCAGCUGGAAGUACGUUUCAGCGUUUUCAAAUCAGUAAAUGCAAAUAUAAAUGUAUUGAAAGCUCAAAUGGGACCGAAUUCUAAGCGAGGGAAAACCAAAAGGAAUUUAUGGUAAUGUGUAAGAAAGAAGCGCAAAAAAUGUAAGGACGAAAAAUGCCGGAAAACGGCAACAAAACCAACGGAAAAUUUAAGAAAUUGUGCCGAACAACUACACAGCCAUAAAAUGUUUGUGUUUGCGUGUGUGUGUGUGUGCGUGUGUGUGUUUGUGUGUGUGUGUCGGUGAGGCAGAAGAAAAGGAUUAAAUCAAUGUUGCGGAACAAA